AUGACCAAGCGCCCCCGCGUCCCCACCGCAAUCGAGUUCGGGAACCCGGCCUCGUUCUGGGUCGAGUACCCGUCCGGGCUCGUCGACCUCACCCGCACCGCGCACCUGCCCGCGUCGAGCGAAGGCGACCGCGAGCCGCCCGAGCCCACGCUCGUGAAGGAGCUGCAGGUGGACGUGCCCGCCGACGGCGAGCGCACCGUGCGCGUCCAGGCGGCGCGCAGCGCGAUGGUCGUCAUCGACAUGCAGAACUUCUUCCUGCACCCGGACCUGCGCGAGCACCCGACGGGGCUCGCGUGUGUCAUCCCGAUCGCGAACACCGUCUCCGCCCUGCGCGCAAAGGGCGCCAAGAUCCUCUGGGUGAACUGGGGCCUGACCGACCACGAGCUGACGACGAUCCCGCCCUCGCUCGUCCGCGGGUUCAUGAAGAACGGCCGCGUCGGCUUCGGCGGCGACCUCGGCGGCAGCUUCGGUCGCCUGCUCAUGCGCGGGGAGUACAACUCGGACCUGUACGGCCCCCUCCAGAUGCUCUACGAGGAGGGCCGCGAGGCGGGGACCGACGUCUGGAUCCACAAGAACAGGAUGAGCGGGAUCUGGGGGCCGCAGUCUGCUCUGGACCUCUACCUCCAGGAGCACGGCAUCACUUCGCUCUUCUUCGCUGGGGUGAACGCCGACCAGUGCGUCCUGGGCACCCUCGUGGACGCCUACUACCGGGGCUACGACUGCAUCACCGUCGAAGACUGCAUCGCAACGACUUCCCCGGAGGGAGGUCUCGAGAACGUUCUGUACAACGCGGGUGGGGGCUACGGCUUCCUCACCGAUUCCAAGAGGAUCAUCGAUGCCUGCUCGUAA